GGGUCUUUCCCUUUCAUUCAUUUCAUUUUCACUUUCUUUUGGUUUUUUUUUUUUCCUGAUUCUCUCUUUCUUUAGUUGUAUUUUGGAAUUUAGGGUUUGAAUUCUCUAUUUUCUUGAUUUGUUUGUGAUCUUGAAUUUCUUAUUCCUGGAAUUUAAUGGGAGAUGAUUAUCAUCAGCAUAAAUUUGGGGCACAUGCGCCUUCUCCUGGUUACUUUGUACUGGAGAAACCAAAAUCUGUAGACGAUUUAUCUUUAAGGAAGAGAGACAAGAUGCGGAGGUGGCUCUGUUGCACCUGUCAGGUAGAGGAGUCAUAUCCCUCUCGUGAGAAUGAUCACCUAAGGAGCCCAAAACACUAUGCAGAUGGCAACCCUGUGAAAGGCUCGAAGGUGUCAGCUCCGGUCAGAUCUGAAGUGCAGAAGGAAGCACCACCUAUUGAAGUACCUGCAUUAUCUUUGGAAGAACUGAAAGAGAAGACUGACAAUUUUGGUUCAAAGGCAUUGAUUGGUGAAGGAUCAUAUGGAAGAGUUUAUUAUGCCAACUUAGACAACGGGAAAGCUGUGGCAGUAAAAAAACUUGAUGUUGCAUCUGAGCAAGAGUCAAAUGUUGAAUUUUUGACUCAGGUUUCCAUGGUGUCCAGAUUGAAGCAUGAUAAUGUUGUGGAGUUGCUCGGUUACUGUGUUGAAGGAAAUCUCCGAGUGCUUGCAUAUGAAUUUGCGACUAUGGGAUCACUCCAUGAUAUAUUGCAUGGUAGAAAGGGAGUUCAAGGAGCACAACCAGGUCCCACACUUGAUUGGAUGCAGCGUGUAAAAAUUGCGGUUGAUGCAGCAAGGGGGUUGGAAUACUUGCAUGAGAAGGUGCAACCUGCUAUAAUACACAGAGAUAUCAGAUCAAGCAAUGUGCUUCUAUUUGAAGACUUCAAAGCCAAGAUUGCAGAUUUUAACCUUUCAAAUCAGGCUCCUGACAUGGCUGCUCGUCUUCAUUCUACUCGUGUUUUGGGAACCUUUGGUUAUCAUGCUCCAGAGUAUGCAAUGACUGGACAAUUAACACAGAAGAGUGAUGUUUAUAGUUUUGGGGUUGUUCUUCUAGAACUUCUAACUGGGAGGAAACCUGUUGAUCAUACCAUGCCACGUGGGCAGCAGAGUCUUGUCACUUGGGCUACUCCGAGACUGAGCGAGGACAAAGUCAAACAAUGCGUGGAUCCAAAGUUGAAGGGAGAGUAUCCCCCUAAAGCAGUGGCCAAGCUUGCAGCCGUGGCUGCAUUAUGCGUGCAAUAUGAGGCUGAAUUCCGACCGAAUAUGAGCAUUGUUGUUAAGGCACUCCAACCCCUUUUGAAGGCUCCAGCUCCAGCUCCAGCUCCUCCUCUUCCAGAGACCUAGAAGCAAAGAAACAGUUUCUCUAGUUGGGAAGAAUUACAACUUGUGCACAGUUUGAUUACUUUGCUUGCGGAUUUGUUCGGUUAACACUAUAUUUUUUGAUUGUUAGUAAAUGGGAUUGGAUGUGUAGGUUGGAAUUUGGCUUAUUUAACAUCACUGAUUAUCUCCAUGUCUGUUGGUUGCUGCUGGUAGGCUGCUGAUGCUUCUUUUUUUUUUUUUUGAGUCAUAAAAAGAUCAAUGUUGGGGAAUGGAUUAUGCGGCAGAAUAUGUUAUUAUUGUUUGAUUUCAAUGGAUAUACCCUUUGUGCUCAA